UGAUGCUGUAACUUUCGAAUGAAUCAGUAUGUUGGUGGUUGGAAGAUUAUUUUAGUGAGAAAUUAUGUCAAAUACUGUCGAUACUGCAACUAUUCUAGAGCUUUCUAGGGAGCUUGACAAGUUGAGGAAAGAGCAGGAGGGCUUUGUGAGCGAGAUCAAUAGACUUCAUAAAAAACUUCAAUCCAAUCCUGAGUUAGUCGAGAAGUCAGGUGAUGACCUGUUGGGGAAGCUUCGGGAAUUGUAUCAGAAGGCUAAAGAACUAACAGAAAAUGAAUUGAGUGUUUCGAACACAUUGAUCACUGAACUGGAUUCUUUUAUGCUACAGUCUGUACAUCGCAGAAAAGAUGGAAGUGAACAGAAAAAGAAACGAAUGAAGGCUGAUUCAGAUAUGUCGAGGCUCUCUCCUGCUGGAUCCAUGCGUAGCCAACUUGAGCUGGCUGCUAGUCUAAAGGGUGAACAGGUAGCAGCAAGGGUCACACCUGAUGGAGCUGAGAAACACGAAUGGUUUGUUGUAAAAGUAAUCCAUUUUGAUAGAGAAGCAAAAGAAUUUGAGGUGCUUGACGAGGAACCCGGUGAUGAUGAAGAGGGUGGAGGCCAGAGAAAGUACAAGCUGCUUAUGUCACGCAUUAUUCCUUUUCCAAAGCGAAAUGAUCCUACUAGUGCUCCAGAUUACCCUACUGGGAGACAUGUUUUGGCAGUCUAUCCUGGAACCACUGCUUUAUAUAAAGCAACUGUUGUCACCCAUCGCAAGAAGAAGACUGAUGAUUACUUGCUGGAGUUCGAUGAUGACGAAGAAGAUGGAUCUUUACCCCAGAGGACGGUACCCUUCCACAAGGUUGUUCCUCUGCCUGAGGGACAUCGGCAGUGACAAAUUCGAUGUCUAUUAUGUAUGUAAUUUUUAGUUUUAUUUGGCUGUUCAGUUUCUUUUCCAACCAGGAUUUACCAUGUAUAUCACUCUAUGUUGUAUAGCAGAGUCUAUCGGUUCUCUCUCUAAUAUGUAUUAGGUAAUCCUAAGAGAGAAAGAUAUAUUACAUAACGAGUUUUAAUAUAUAAUGUUAAACCAU